AUGCCCAGCUAUGCAAAAUUUCUAAAAGAGAUCCUAAGCCAGAAACGAGAAAUUGAUGAUCAAGGAACAGUAAUGUUAACUGAGGAGUGUAGUGCAAUUAUUCAAAACAAAUUACCUCCAAAGUUGAAAGAUCCAGGAAGUUUUUCUAUUCCUUGUAAUAUUGGUAAUCUUGAUUUUGAAAAAGCUUUAGCAUAUUUAGGUGCUAGCAUUAACCUUAUGUCUUAUGAAGUUUUUAAGAUGCGAGGGAUGGGAGAGCUAAAACCAACAAGGAUGUCUUUACAAUUGGCAGAUCGAUCAAUCAAAUAUCCAAGAGGAAUUGUAGAAGAGUGCUCGUAA